GUCAUGACCUAUUUCACCGCCACAAAAGUGACAACCAGUAGGACUCAAAUCGGCCAACGACGCGUAGCACUGUAUUAAUCGGAUUUGAAGCGGCUGGGUGCCGAGAUGGAAGUUGGAACAUCGCUUGAGCAAUGUUACCGGCUAGCUGCCGACAGACUACAAAAGACUGGCCCCCUUCUGCCCACAAAUUUUUGUCUCCCCCGAGUUUGACUUCCCUGCGAAAAUGGUAAACACGGCGACCUCUGCUGGCCUCGUUGGUGUUGUGCUGCUUGCCCGCCAUGGCGAUCGGUUGUCGACGGUUUACCAAGACCCAGCUACUUACAAUUCUACUCAGGGAUACUUGACUCCCUUUGGUGCUCAACAAGAAUAUCAGCUGGGACAGUUCCUCCGGAACACUUACCUUAACCCAGGGUCGCCUUCUUAUAUUAACGGUAUUAACACCAAUGUCGUGGACGUUGACCAACUCUAUGUCCGCGCCGAUGCUGGUGGAGGCGAUGUCAUCCUUGAUUCUGCGUAUGCCCUUUUGCAAGGCCUCUACCCUCCUACGCCAAACUCUACCAUUACUUUGGCGAAUGGACAAGUAGUUACUCCACCCCUUGGUGGUUACCAGUACGUACCAGUGGAAUCAUUGGAGUACUGGCAGGCCCCAUCCCUCACCAGCUGGAUGGAGUGCGAGUACUUCCAAGCCCACCUUGGUCGCUUGAACAGCGGUGUCGUCUUCAAGGACCUUACUGCUACCGCAGCUCCAUUCCUGGAAGCAGUCACGCCCUACCUGAAUGGAUUGAACAACAGCUUCCUCAACAUGUGGAACAUCUAUGACUACCUCAAUGUCCAAUACACCCACAACAAGACGUUCUACAACAACUUCCCCAAGACCCUUCUGGACCAGGCUCGUUACUUCGCUAACCAACAUGAGCAAAAUGUCUUCACAGACAGCGUCAUUAACGGUGUUGGCCAAAUUGCUAUUCGUACUCUCUGGCCCGAGAUGCUGUGGUCAUUGGGUAACAUGACCUUGCCGAACAAUAAAGUCAAGAUUGCAUUGACGGAGGUCGAUUACAAGCCGUUCAUCUCUCUGUUCAACGUCACGAACGCUACAGUUACCAACCCCAACAUUUCCGGAAUUGCGGACUAUGCUUCGGUUGUUGCUCUUGAGCUCUCCCAAGACACUCAGGGUCAAUACAACGUCGCCAUGAAGUUCAAGAACGGUACCGACAACGAGCUCCGUACUUUGCAGUUCUGGGGUAGUAACAGCAUCUCAUUGGAUAACCUUGUCAGCAGCAUUGCUUGGAGCACAAUCAAUUCCACAGUCAACUGGUGCUUCUCGUGUAACCAGACGGUUUUGCGUGGCUGCUCCGUUUUCAACUACAGCAACGAUCCUUUCCUUAACCCUACGUCGGCUACGGGCUACUAGACUCUGUACACUUAGCCCACUCAUUUGCUAUUUCUCUCUGGACCCUCGUUAGUUCGAAAUAUUAUAUUCUAGUUUGAUGCGAUGAUGUGACACCUAGCAAAGAAUGGUAGAGCAGGAGGUUUCACUACCGAGUCCCCUUCAUCUGAAAAACAAGUCAGGUCUGCAUGGAAUGCCCUCUCCUGAGAUAGAGUCAUGACAAUACUCCGUGCAGGAGACAACAAGGCAAGCGG